UCAUCUGCAAACACAAUGGAGAAGGAGGACAAACACACUGCAGACAGGACACAGGACAUGUGUCUGUCCCGGCAGCAGCUCGUCAUCGUCUGUGUCACAUCUGGACUCGUGCUUCUGUCGGUCGCCAUCAUCGUCCCUUUGGUUCUGCUCUUGGGGAAAACAGAUCCCAGCGUUCCAGAUCUCUCGUUUUCCACUGGUGGAGACAUGUUGGACUUCCUGGUUCAGUCUGGUGACAUCAGCAAACGUGACGCACUGUUGGCGACAUGGUUCCACCGAGCGAACGGCAAAGAGGAGAUGAACAGGGCGCUGGCAAGUGACGCGAUGAUCCUGGAGGCUGAUGUCACUCUACACGGAUUUGGAACAGCCAAUCAGAAGCCAGUCCCCAUUAUGGCCCACCCCCCCAACGUGACGAGUGACAACACGCUGGACCAAUGGCUGGACGCGGUGCUGGAGUCCAGGAAAGGGAUCAAGUUGGAUUUUAAGUCGCUGGCGUCCGUGGGUCUGUCCCUGUCCCUGCUGAGUCAGAAGAACAGCACCCGAGGGAUCCGCAGACCGGUGUGGCUCAACGCAGACGUCCUCAAGGACCCCCUGGUGCCCGGGUUCAUCCCCACGGUCAACGGGACACAGUUCCUGGAGCUGGUUCAGGAGAAGUUUCCAGAUGUCACUUUGUCUCUUGGAUGGAUGGUUCUCGGGAUCUACAACAGAGCCAUGAUGGAGGAGAUGUACGCCAUCGUGAAGGACCUCCCACAGAAGGUGACCUUUCCCAUCCAGUCCCUGUACGUGCGUCGGGGGUGGCCUCACAUCAGCUGGCUCCUCAGUCAGUCCUCCAGGUUCAGUCUGACUCUGUGGCAGGGCUCGACCUCUCCCACUGUGGACGACCUCCUGUUUGUGAGGGACAACAGUCACCCAGCGAGAGUCUACUACGACAUCUAUGAACCCACACUGAUCCACUUUAAACAGGCUGUGGAGGAGCAGGGCAGACUGAGGAGGUUCUACCCUGGAGGAGACCUGCUCCACUUCCUCUCUGGUUCCCACACAGAGCGUUCUGACCGGGGCAGGAGCCUGAGCGUUCCCCUGGUCACUGUGACUGACCGCGCCUCUCUGUCAGCUGCUCUCAGGGACGGAGCAGGGGGGAUGCUGGUUCUCCGUGUGCGGGAUGUGGGAUCCCCUUUGGAGGCAGGACACAGCUCCGAGACCCUCACACUCGAGGACGUCCUGGAUGUCCUGAGCCUGCAGCCUGGUGCUCUGUGGGGGCUGUACUUGAGGCUGGGGGCCCCUGGGCUCCUGGGGGCCACUCUCUCGUCUCUGCUGCAGUUCUACAGCUCAGAGCGGCUCUACAGACCAGUGUGGAUCGGCAUGGACCCAAACGACUCCUGCAGCACACAGGAGUUUGUGUCUGCUGUGGAGCAGCUGUUUCCUCACUGCACUAUAGUCCUGAACGAGGCCGGCCCCGCCCACAGCCUGUCCCACAGCCUGUCCCACAGCCUGUCCCAGAGCCUGUCCCAGAGCCUGUCCCAGAGACUGGCCGUGCACCUGUCGUCUCUGCACUUGUCGUCUCUGGAGCUCCACGCUGCUCUCAGAGGACUGGACUCUUAUGACGUGAUCCUGGAGACAGAGCAGAGGACGACAGCACUCACACUGAUACAGAAACACAACGAUGACUUCAAGAAUAACGUCUAUGUCAUGUCCCAACAGUCGUAACAGGAGUGAGGGACGUGUGUAGAAAUGUCAAUAAUCAUGUAAAUAUUCAAAAUGACGAC